AAAACUCUCGAAAUUUCUUUGCACAUGCGCACAAAUGACAUUACGUUCAAUUACAAACAUAUUUAUAAAGUACAGAGUAGAGAAAUUUGAAGCUGAGUUUUAGCCAAUUUUGACAACUCAACUGUCAUCAUCAGUAAAAAAUAAUUAAAUCCUGUAAUUGAAACAAGAGAAAUGGAUUCGAAAAAUAAUGACAUGGACACAUCAGGAUCGUUGAAUGACGAGGAAAUAAAAACAGCAGGACAGCCAUUGUCAGAUUUCCUGCUUCAACUGGAGGACUACACACCCACUAUUCCUGAUGCUGUGAGCGAGCACUAUCUGCGGACAGCAGGUUUUAACACAGCUGAUCCAAGAAUUGUUCGAUUGAUAUCAUUAGCUGCCCAAAAAUUUAUUUCUGAAAUAGCAAAUGACGCUCUCCAGCAUUGUAAAACACGUGGAGCAAAUCAAAAUACUAAAUCAAAAGGCAAAGAUCGUCGUUACACUCUAACAAUGGAGGAUUUGAUACCCGCAGUAGCUGAAUAUGGAAUAGUUGUUAAGAAACCCCAUUAUUUUGUUUAAAUAUUACAAUUAGUUUAAUAAAUAAUAAUUAUCUUCAUUUAAACUAUUUUACCCUUAAUUAUAAAUUUAAAUUACCGCUCAUUCACUCAAGCGUUUUCAAAAAUUUAUUGUCAUAAAUUUGACUUUGUUUUUUACAAACACCUGCUAUUCAAUUCA